UCUAUACAGCCCAUCUCAAUUUAUAAUUAUAACAACGUUAAACAAGAGCAUCUACAAAACCCUUGGAGCUGCCUGCUUUUGUCCUGUAAUGUAGCACAGCAUUGAAACAGUAUGACAGAAGCGUGGAGAAUACAUGCACCUAAGAAAAUGUGAUGUUAGAUAUGAUUGGCAAAGACAUUAUUAUAUCCUUGCUGUCCCGUCGUUUCGGGAUUACUAUGACGUCACGCUGAUACUGUUCCAUGGAUGAAUGCAAAAGAACUAUAGAGCAGAAAAUAAUACAAGCCGAGACUAUAUCUUGCAAGACUUACGUUUUGCUUUUAACCCUCCUCUGCUAAAAGCAUAAUAUGUAGGGUUUUUUUGUAUUUCAUUUUCCUUCUGCUGAUCAAAAAAAAACUCCAUAAAGCACUGAAGUGCAUGCUAGAUGUCAGUCAUUUCUAAGUGCAAUCAUUUAUUAUUGAGUAAAAGGCCAAACGUGGGAAUGUGUGCGCGAAGGUGCAUUUGAAGUACAUUUUGGUUACAAUCGACCAGCAGGAAAAAAAAAUAUAUUGCCGAUGUUAACAAAAGGAGCAGCAAUGUCCUUCUCUCAGUUUGGAUAUCCUUACAACAGCAGUUCGCAGUUUUUUAGGUCUGCAAACCCCAGCACGACUUGCUGUGAUUCAGCCUGCAGGUCUCUGCCCGAUGGCUCUUCUGGUACAGCCCACGCUGCAGCAGCUUUGUGUUGCCCGUCUUACGAGAACAGAUUGCUGGCUAGCACUCGAACGGAGCUCAACGCAGCUCUGGGCAUGUACGGCUCUCCCUAUGCAGCAGCCAGCCAGAACUAUGCUAACUAUUUCCCCUAUAGCACCGACCCAUCCACUCUCUACUCAGCACUGAACCCUCAGUACGACAUUAAGGACGGCACUGGAAGUUUGCAUUCGGGGAUUGCGCAAUCUGCUGCCUAUUACCCCUACGACCACUCCCUGGGGCAGUAUCAGUACGACAGAUAUAGCACCAUUGAUUUUAAUGGUUCAGCCAGGCGCAAAAACGCCACUCGGGAAACCACUAGCACACUCAAAACGUGGCUGUACGAGCACAAGAAAAACCCUUACCCCACCAAAGGGGAGAAGAUCAUGCUGGCCAUCAUCACCAAAAUGACCCUGACACAAGUGUCCACCUGGUUCGCCAACGCCAGGAGGAGGCUGAAAAAGGAAAACAAAAUGACCUGGUCCCCAAAAAACAAACCUGGAGACGAAAGGAAAGAUGACCUUGAAAAGGAAGACAGGGAUGACUGUAACCUGGAAAGAUUAGAUAAAAAUUCGAAAGAAUGUAAAGAGAGUGAUUCGAGGCUGAGUGAUCUGGAUGACACAGACGAUGAGGAAUGCUCAAAGCUGGACAGCGACUGUGAGAAAAUACCUCACCAAGACCAGAGCCUCCAGCGAGACAUGACGGCGGAGCCACAGAAAAAUGACUGCAACUUGACAAUUACGCGCAAUCAUUUCCAUGCGUUUGCAUGCAAUAAGAACGAGUCGUCUAUGGCGCCGGGUGUUUUAGAAAACGCAAUAACUAAAAUGUCAACCAUAGCACCAAACAAUGGCGUUGUUCCUCAUCAUUAUGAAACAUCAAAAAAAAACAGAAUUUGGUCUUUAGCGCGUACUGCAGCCGGCGGUGUUAUUUUGGGAACUCAUAACAGUGAAGAAAGGACUGUAAAUGCAAACUGCCAGCUCCGGGAAAGGCAUUCUACGGUUAGUGGCGCACAUUGUAGCGAACUAAGGGUACAGCAAGAAGCAAGGAGCCGGUCUACCAACGGGCAUGCUUUCGAGGCCCUCCCACAGUCUAACAAGGUUUAUAGAACUUCCAUCUUUAACCAGGAGUCUCUCCAGUUGCAUUGUUCUUCCUAUCCCGUGUUGUCCGAUACGUGCCAAUAUUCGUCAGGAAUGGAAGGUUUUUCACAAAAUGUGAAAUCUGACCAAGGACCCACAGAACUCCGUGAAGAGUGUCUAAUACAACAGGACGACAAAAUAACUGCAUUCAGGUCUGUGCUGAAGAGGUGAGGUUGUCGAGAUCUGGGCAGUAAAAGGUGGAAAGUGUAUGUAACGCCUUCAAUUAUGCACUAAUGAUCUACUGAGAGAUGCCGAGAGAUGAAGUCCGGAACUACUAAAUGAAUUGCCCAUAAACACCCCGGGAGCUCCGUGCAGCCCUGGCAUGUUUGCACAAUUUAGUUUUAUGGUAUUGACUGUCAGGAGGUGUAUAUGAAGAGGAGGAUGCAAUGGGAUAGCAACUAAAACUAGAUACUUAUUUAUGCACUGUAUAGUAACUGUAGUUAGUUAACACUUUGUUUUCUGUUGUAAAUCAACGUCUUCCACCCCAUGUGGUCAUUUGAAUUGUUAUGUUAAAUAUCAGUGUUUUAAUGUGUUAUUGUGUGUGUCAGAAUUUGAACUUGUAGUUGAUGUUUGAUUUGUAUUUGAACAUUUUGUGUUUUUUCUUAUGUGUAUGC